AUGGCUGGCAUGAAUCCAAAGCUGUACCAGUUCCUGGUCGCCCUCUUCGCCUCGUUCGGCUCUUUUCUAUACGGGUACGACUUGGGCGUCAUUGCCUCCGUGGUAGCCUCAGAUUCCUUCAUCUCCAAAUUCAUCAAUGGCAACAGCACUGUCGCCGGCACAGUUGUUGCCCUCUUCACAGCAGGCGCCUUUUUCGGUGCUUAUGGCGCUGGGUUUACAGAUCCGCUGGGCCGUCGCACCACCCUAGCCCUAGGCUCCGUGCUCUUUAUCAUCGGGGGUGUUUUGCAGACAGCCGCUGUGAAUAUCGGCAUGCUAUACUUCUCGCGCAUCUUUGCGGGAUUCGGGAUUGGGAUUCUGGUGGAAUCGGUGCCCAUGUUCCAGGCUGAGAUCGCACAUGCGAGGAUUCGGGGUAUCCUGGGCUCGUUGCAGCAGACGAUGUUGGGUAUUGGGGCGCUGGCGGCUUCGUGGAUUGGAUAUGGAUGUGUGCAUCGCUGGUCUGAUACUGGGAACAGUGUUCAGUGGAGGUUGCCUCUCGCCCUGCAAGUUGUCCCUGCCAUUGGGCUUGCUUCUUGUAUCUUCUUCUUCCCCGAGUCUCCUCGCUGGUUGAUUGACCAUGACCGGCAUGAAGAGGGUCUACGCAACCUCGCUACGCUCCAUGCAAAUGGCAACGUCAAUGAUCCAUAUGUCCUGGCGGAAUUCGAAAUCAUCAAGCAGCAAAUCGAAGAAGAGCACCAGCACGGAGCCAAAUCCUACAAAGACCUAUUCUCUAAUCGGUCAAACACUCGCCGAAUCAUCAUCGCCUGCGCCUGUCAAGCUUCCUCCCAAAUGACCGGUGUCUCAGCAAUCCAAUACUUCUCGCCGGCCAUCUUCGCCCAAAUCGGCAUCUCCACCUCCCGCACCCUCCUCUACCAAGGCAUAAACUCCAUCAUCGGCGAAGUCGCCCAAUUUAUCUUCUUCUUCCUCAUCGACCGCGUCGGCCGGCGCCCACUGCAAAUCGGCGGCAACAUCGCCUGCGGGAUUGCAUUCACCAUCGGCGCCUCUCUUAUGGCUGUAUACCCGCCCUCCUCUACGAAUACCUCCGCGCACUGGGCCUUCAUCGUCACCAGCACCUGGCUGUUUAAUUUCUGCUUCUGUGCAUCGGGUACAAUGUCCUGGAUUAUCCCCGCGGAGAUAUUCAACACGGCCACGCGCGCAAAGGGGAUUAGCCUGGCGACGAUGGUGUCGUUUGCGUUUAAUACUAUGAUUGCGGAGGUCACGCCCAUUGCGCUGGAGAGGAUUGGCUGGCGGUACUAUAUCCUGUUUAUUGUGUGUGAUUUUAGUAACGCGCUCUUCUUUUAUUUGUUUUUGCCGGAGACCAAGGGGAUUACCCUCGAGGUUAUGGAUGAUUUGUUUACGAAUUCGCCGUUGCUUGUCCCUGGGAGUCGCUGGGAGCCCAGGCCGGAGUUGGAUGUUGAGAAGGUCAAAGAGAGGAAGGAUAUUCUUGUUAGGGCUGUGGUAGAAAAGUAG